CAUCGUAUCAGCUACUCAUUUCUGCAAUGUUUUUAAGCUGCUGUCCAUCAGGCAAAGUAAUUAGUGGUUUUAUUAUGUAUGGAAGCAGCAGGCUGUCACUGGAUCCGCGCACUGAAUAGCUUCUCUCACACACUUGUCUGUGCCUUCUGCUUGGUAUUGUCCACACGCCUGACAGGACUAUACAGCUUUUCAGGGAUUUGCCCACCUACACUGUGCACUUCAAGAAAAAGAGAGAGAGAAGAGGAGAAGCAUUUGUGUCUGGAAGGAACAUCACGGAAGAAAAAGGCUUGAAGAAUGUGGGAAAAGUUUAAGAAGAACUGUGGCCAGACGUAUGACAAUAAGAUCAAUUUUGUGACAGAUGCAUUUUCUCCCCGUAACCAUUUCCUUUCUAAACCUGCUGCUUCCACGGUCUGUUUGAUGCACCUCGAACUGGUAUUUAGAUGGUAACCCAUAGGUAAGACGCCUGUGAAAGAGAGAGAGAGAGAGAGAGAGAGAGAGAGAGGAGCUGGAAAUUCAGGAAGCAUUAUGUGUUUGAUAAAAUUUUAAUGUGUUCGCAACAUGAUUAUGUAGGGUCAGUGCAUCUGGGUUUAUCAGGAUCUCACAUGAAGAUCUGAGAUUCCUAGGGAAAUACUAUGGAUUAAAAGCACUGCUGACAGCACAGGAUAUAUUAAUGGGAACUCCAGGAAAAAAAAACACAGACAAUUUAUAAACAAGAUCGUAAUAAAGAGAAUAUGUAACUACAAGGAGUGGGAUGCUUAGGAGAAUUAUACAGAAUGAUCGUGCAGGAGCCAUUGUGAGAACUCACUGCCUACCUGCAACAUCGCUGCCUCCGCUGCCAGGACCAAGACAAAUGCACUGCAAUCCUCAUCCUUUAGGAAUCUGCACAGCUGUUUAUUGGUGUCCACAUCUUUAGGAUCACUGAAAAUCAGGACCAUGGAAUCAAACACCACUUCCUUUAAUCACACCAAUGGGACAAUAACCUUGAAAGCUCACAGCCUCUGGGAAGUUAUCACUAUUGCCACAGUCAGUGCUGUUGUCAGUCUGAUAACGAUAGUAGGAAAUAUCCUUGUCAUGGUUUCCUUUAAGGUAAACAGUCAGCUAAAGACUGUGAACAAUUAUUACCUGCUAAGUUUGGCUUGUGCGGACCUCAUCAUUGGCAUCUUCUCAAUGAAUCUCUACACAUCUUACAUAUUAAUUGGUCACUGGUCCUUGGGUAGCCUGGCAUGUGACCUAUGGCUAGCCCUGGAUUAUGUGGCUAGUAAUGCCUCUGUAAUGAACCUGUUAGUAAUUAGUUUUGACAGGUACUUUUCUAUAACACGGCCAUUAACUUAUAGAGCAAAACGCACACCUAAGAGGGCAGGGAUCAUGAUUGGACUGGCAUGGUUCAUUUCCUUCAUUUUGUGGGCUCCGGCAAUUCUCUGCUGGCAAUAUUUUGUUGGGGAGCGCACAGUGCCACCUGGAGAAUGUCAGAUACAGUUUCUUUAUGAACCUAUAAUCACUUUUGGAACGGCCAUUGCUGCCUUUUAUAUCCCAGUGUCUGUGAUGACCAUUUUAUACUGCCGAAUUUAUAAAGAAACCGAAAAACGCACCAAAGAUUUGGCUGAGUUGCAGGGUUCUGAGUCAGUGGCAGAUUUUGAGAUGAUGAGGCCACAGGGGGCACUGCUAAAAUCCUGUUUUAGCUGUAAGCAGCAAACACUCACCAAAAGAGAACGGUGCCAGGCCUCAUGGUCAUCAUCCAGUCGUAGUGCCUCUGCUACAGUCAAGAUCUCCCACAGCCCCAACAUCUGUAAUGAGUGGGCUAAAGAGGACCAGCUGACAACCUGCAGUAGCUACCCCUCUUCAGAUGAUGAGGACAAACAAUCUAAGGAAGCUGUCUUUCAGGGUGUUUAUAAGAACCAAACUGCAGCUCAAAAGGAAGAAGAAACCAAGCACAUUCUUACAAAAGAACAGCCGGUGCUAAAUGAUUAUGAUAAUGAAAGAUUUUUCUUAACUCCCGGUAAAAGUCAAGCACAAAAAAGUCAAAAGUGCGUCUCUUACAAAUUUAGAAUUGUAGUGAAUGAUGAUGGAUCUCAAGAAGUCAAUAAUGGUUGCAGAAAAGUAAAAAUCACUCCUUGCUCAUCUAUGUCCAAAGGACACUCUUUGAGAAGCAUGGAUCCACACUUCAGUAACCAUAUGACCAAACGUAAGAGAAUGGUUCUUAUCAAAGAGCGCAAAGCAGCACAAACAUUAAGUGCUAUUCUCCUAGCUUUUAUCAUCACAUGGACUCCCUACAACAUCAUGGUUCUGGUUUCAACCUUUUGCUAUAACUGCAUCCCAUCCACACUCUGGCACCUGGGGUACUGGUUGUGUUACGUCAAUAGUACAGUCAACCCUAUUUGCUAUGCUCUUUGUAACAAAACCUUUCGUAAGACAUUUAAAAUGUUGCUGCUAUGUCGGUGGAAAAAGAAAAGGGUAGAGGAAAAACCAUAUUGGUAUGGUCAACAACCUCCAAUUCAUAACAAGCUGCCUUGAAAGCAGCAUAUACAAGCAAUGUAAUAUAGCAGGAUCUGGGGAUCUAUGGUGCGGUCAAAAUCAUAGCAGAACUGGGGACUUUUGAAUGGCUAGUACAAUUACAAGAAGAUGCACUUUUCCCCUUUCUUUAUAAAUGUGUUGACUGUUGACCACAUUGCUGUGUUUAACCAAUGCUGUGUAUGCAUUUGUGGUGAACAGUGGAAAUUAUACACCCUAGCAAAAUGACUGCAAAGCAAAUGUAUUGCCUAUCUCCCUUCUAUAAGUUAAAUUGUCUCUAAUGCCUUUAUGAUAUGGGCCUUGUUUUUAGUGCCACUGCAUGCUAGUGGCUUUAAGAAAACUCCUAAAGUCAAAUAUAAUAAAAAAAAGUUCAGCAGAAACAGAACUGAACUUUGCUAAAGUAAAGUUCCAGCCUUUCAGAGAGUUAGGCAGCCUAACAAUUGUUAACAUGUUACUGUGCAAACAGUGGGAUCCAGUCAUUGUGAGUUCUACACAUGAUAUGCUGCUUUUAUUAUGAUUACUUCUUAAUAUUUGAUGUUGUACAGUCAAGAGCAUUUUUUAGAUAAGUAACUAGAUACUGUUCUCUUUGAUAUCAGUGGCAAAGAGUCAAAUGUUUUAAGGAUUACAUGUACUUACUGUAUAUUGUAUUAGCAGAAAAAUGGAAACAACCACUAAAAAUGUUACUGUUCUUCUGUAUGGUAGGAAGUGACAAAUAUGUACUUGUCCGGUAAUACUCAUGUAAGGUUUGUUUACUGUUCUCUGUUAAUGUUUACAUGUAUCACAACUUUAAUUUUGCUUCAUUGAGGUCAGUAUUAGGUAAUGCAUUAUUGUAACUGACAUACAAAGAUUUAUUGAUUAAGAACUUAAUAUAGUAAAUAAUAUGAACCAAUGGUAUGUCCAUUAUUAAAGCAGUAGAAUGUUUUAUAGUACUUUCCAAUUUGUUGCAUUGGAAAUAUCAAUCAAGUUAUAAAAUGUGAACUUUCACUAAAAGAUGUUGUUUUCAUUUCACUAAGGCAAAUUACUGGCAAAUAUACCCUUACCACUUAUUUAAUAAAUUUGUGAACAGACCAAAGAUAAAAUAUCCUCCCUCAACAAAACCUUUCACGUCACGCAACAAAACAGUAGUACUAAGUAUUUUAACACAUAGUACACUGCUUAAAAGGUCCACACACUUAGGCUAGGUUUCCACAUUUUACCUGCAUUUAAAAAAAAAAAAAAAAAACCUCCACUGUAGUUUGUGAGCCAAAGUCAGAAGUAUAUUCAGAAGGAACAGGAAAUACAAAGGAGUAAAUUAUACUUUUCCUUCCUGUUGGAUAUACUUCUGACUUGGCUCAAAAACUGCAGUGGUGGUUUUCCAAAAACACCAGAAAAAGCAUGUGUAUAAACCUAGCCUAAGUCUGGGAGCCUAGUUAGGCCUCUUUCACAUACAUCAGUUGUCCGAUAGUGUUUCACAUUUGAAUUGACGUGCAUUUAUUUGCAUGGGACAGUUCACAAUCAUCUGGCUUCUCAAUUUGGAUGCGGGAUGGUUGGACCUGCUGGACAGCACCAGACAGAAGAAUGCUGCUUGCUGCAGUUGUGUCCAAAUUUAGGCUGACACCGGACAUGUUAACCUAGCCUUAGACUAAUUAAAUGCACAAAACCAUAGUAGAAAUUGUCUUAGGGUUGCAAUGGGUUUCUCACAACACUGAUAUAACACAUGGCAUUUUCAUGAUUGAGUUUUUUUUUCCAGUUUAUAAACUCUGAUACCCAACACACACAGUUUAUCUGUUACAGGGAAGUAGUAAAGAAAUUAGAAAGGAUGAAGUUCAUGAAACAAAAAUUAAAUGUUAAAAGCUAAUUGACUGAUCUGACUAUAACUGUACUUAACUUGCUCCAAUUCUGGUAUCAAUUCAACCAAAUCUCCAAUGAAAUGCAAUGUCUUGCAUUCAAUAUAGUUCGUUUUAUACAUGCUUAAUAAUAAAUGUGUUUUUAUGUUU